AUUUUUCUAUUAUAAAGCGGAAAAUUGUUAAAAAUUAACCUAUUUUCUUCUUAAAUUACACAUAUAAUUUUACUUUCUUUGUAUCAAUAUAUUUUUCUUUAUAGAUUUGGCAUGUGUAGGGUUACAUUAUUUAUAUGUCAGGUUGGGUGGGUGAAUGAUGUUCUGUGGUUUCAUUUGAAAAAAAAACAAAACAAAUAUAUCUCCAUCUUUCCUGCAUAGAAAAGAUAUUGAAUUCAUCUCAGACUUUGUUUUGAAAUGUGUUUAACUAAUAUCUUGACAAGUUUAUUGGAUCACCCUCAUCAUUGUUUGAAAUUUGUACUUUGGAAUGUCUACUUGCUCUGAUGUAAACAUGUACAUCGAGCAUCAUGUGGGACCUGGAAGUAUCUUAAGAGUGCUAUGCUAUAGCAAACCUUAAGGGAUGUAUUAUAUUAGGGAAUCAUUUAGAAGCUUCAGCUUAAACCCAGUAUGAAGCCGAUAAAACGAUGUAAGCAGAAUGGGAUUUGCUCAAACUGGAUUUUUAGUUUGCAUUUUUUUUGGAUCGCUUGUCCAUGUGUUCACAAUUAACACUAAUAAUUCCAUUUUAUAUCAGUUUCCAUCAUCAAAUCAGCCUACUGGAGAUUGUUCAGCUUCAAAAAUCAAAAAACUUACCCAUCUAACAGUUGAUCCUGUCACAGGGAGGGUUUAUGUUGGUGGUAAAAAUAGACUUAUUCAGCUUGAUUCUUCAUUAACAGUCCAGGAAUGUUUAAUUACAGGCCCAAAAGAAGAUAGUGUGUUGUGUCAUGCACGAGGAUGUGAUCCAUCGACUCAAAUAGAAAAAGUAUUGACUGAUAAUUACAAUAAAAUUUUAGUAAUUGAUCAUGAAGGCCGAACUCUUAUUUCUUGUGGCUCCAUCUUUCAAGGAGCCUGUGAAAAGUAUAAACUAAAUAAUAUAUCUCUUGACAGUCAAUUUUAUCCCCACAAUAUAGCUGCAAAUGAUGAGUCUUCAUCUACCUAUGCAUUUAUUGGACCUGAGCACUAUAACUGGAAACAUUCAAAUGUUUUGUAUGUUGGUACUACUUUUACUAACAAUGGGGAGUACAGACCUGAUGUACCUGCUAUUGCCAGCAGAGCUCUAAAUACUUUGGAAAUCGCUGAAUUUUCAUAUUCUAAACAAUCUUUAUUGCGCAUAGAUGUAAAAUAUAGAGACCAUUUCUUAGUUAAAUACAUUUAUGGAUUCAAUUCCAGUGAUUAUGCAUAUUUUGUUAUUGUUCAAAAACAGUCACAUUUACCUGGUCAAGAAGAACAAGGCUAUGUUACUAGACUGGCUAGAAUUUGUAUUAAUGAUGCAAAUUAUGAUAGUUACACAGAAAUAACAAUUCAGUGUAUGGUAAAUAUUGAAUCUGAAAGUAUAACAUAUAAUUUACUUCAAGAUGCUAAAUUAUCUCCUGUUGGUGAUGAGUUAGCAAGUUCUUUAGGUAUCCAGUCUGGUGAUCCAGUUUUAGUUGCAACAUUUUCACCAAGCAAAACUAUAACAAAUGAACCUCUACCCCAUUCAGCACUUUGUGUUUUCAGCAUGGCUGAUAUAGAAGCUAAAUUCAAUGAAAAUAUUCAUAUGUGUUUUAAUGGUAGCAUUAAAUACAGGAAUAUGCCGUAUAUAUCUGGCCCGAUAUUAGAUGGAAACUGCCCUGUUGCUUGGACAACUGGAAAUAUUUUAAGUUUUUGUGAAGUUGGUUUAAAAAUAUCAGGUUUUACUCCAAUUAAAUCUCACGCUGCUUUACAUUUACCUAAUGUUCUCCUCACAUCUAUCACAAGUAGUAGAACUGAAAAAAGUACAGUUGUUUUUCUUGGUUCCUCUCUUGGAAAACUAAAAAAGGUUCUAUUAGUUAGCCCAUCUGUCGCUAGGGAAUAUGAAGAAAUUACAGUAAAUGAAGGAAUGAUGAUUCUUCCUGACACGAUAGUUUCUCCCUCUGGUGAACAUUUAUAUGUUCUUACCACCAAUAAGGUUUUUAAAGUUCCUAUUGAGCAUUGCAGUUCUUAUACAAAUUGUUCAUCAUGUUUAGAAGCAAACGAUCCUUAUUGUGGCUGGUGCUCAUUAGAAAGGAGAUGUACAGUGCGUAGCGCUUGUCGUAAGGCAAGUCACAGUGCUCCAAGAUGGCUGUCUUAUGGCACAGGACAACAGUGCAUUGAUUUUGAACAAAUUCUCCCAGAUAAAAUACCAAUUACCCAAAUGACUAUGGUUCAUCUGACCAUAAGAACUUUACCUGAACUACCAGUGGGCGCAAAAUAUAGAUGUGUAUUUGGAGAAGCUGAACCUUUGGAUGCAGGGGUGACCCCUCAGGGACUUACUUGCCCUACACCUAAUGUCAAAUCACGACCUCACAUUCCAAGUGGAAAAGAUCAUAUUCUUGUACCUCUUUCAGUCCGUUCAUCUGAAACCAAUAAGGAUUUUGUUUCCAGGAAUUUUGCUUUUUAUGACUGCUCAUCUCAUACAAAAUGUAUUAGUUGUGUGCAUUCCCAAUGGGGUUGUAGUUGGUGUGUCUAUGAAAAUAAAUGCACUCACAAUACUUCAUUAUGCCAGAAAAUUAUUGUUAGUGGUGAAAAUAGUAUUGGACAUAUUCCCAGCCAUGGAGGAAAUUCAUGCCCACAGUUUUCUAAAAACAGUAAACCACUUCUUCUUCCAAAUAGGGUAUCUAAAGAAAUAGUAUUAGAAGUAGAAAAUAUGCCAUCUCCCCAAGUAGGUCAUUUUGGUUUUCAAUGUAUAGUUACAAUUGAGGGAGCAAAAAUGUUGGUUCCAGCCAAAAUGGAACAUCAGCGAAUCGUUUGUGAUAAAACAAUGUACUCUUAUGAAGCUAAUACUGGUGAAUAUACUGCUGAAGUAAGCUUGGUAUGGAAUAGAAAUCAUCAUGUAGACUCAGUGGCUUUGACUCUGUAUAAAUGUGAUAUUCUUGGAUCACAUAGAGAUCAUGCUGAUUGCUCUUUGUGUGUCACGAGAGAAGAAAAAUAUCGCUGUGGUUGGUGCUCCUCUACUUGUGAUUAUGUGGACAGUUGUAAACACAUUUCUACAAAAGAAUGUCCGAAGCCUCGUAUAGAUAUGAUUAAACCUCUGAGUGGACCUAUUGAAGGAGGAACUUUAGUUACUAUAGAAGGUAGUAAUUUGGGGCUAAGAGAGGAAGAUGUUGCUGGAAAAAUUCACAUUGGAAAUACUCCUUGUAUAUUAGUAGAAUACGAUGUAUCUGUGAGAAUCGUUUGUCGUACGGGUGCAACUUCUAAUGAAAAAGUUGCAGCUGUUGUAGUUGGAAACCAAGCAGGAUUCACAGAAUCAUCAGUCAAUUUCAGUUAUAAAGAUGUGAAAUUGGAGAGUGUUACACCAUUUUCUGGACCUCAGAGUGGAGGAACACAGUUAGCUAUCACAGGGCAAUAUCUCAAUAUUGGAAGUAAAGUAUCUGUCUUUUUGGAUGAACUUCGCUGUGUUGUAAAUGCCACACAGACUUCAAGCAGCAGGCUUAUGUGUAUCACUUCACAAGCUAACAUUCCUCGAUCUAUUAAAAGAUUAAUUCUUGUUAUUGAUGGUGCGAAUAGAACUCUCUCUUCUCCUUUUAUUUAUAAACAGGAUCCAAGUAUAUUGGAAAUUAAACCGUUGAAAAGUUUUAUAUCUGGUGGAAGAAUGAUCACUGUUCAUGGAACAAAUUUAAAUAUUAUUCAAAAGCCAGAAAUGAUUGUUUACUCGAAUGUAUCCAGCAACAUCAUAAAUAAAACUGCUUGUACUGUCAUUAAUGCUGCUCAAAUGGAAUGCCCUUCUCCUGGAGUUAAUGAUGAAUUCAAGAGAACUUUUCAAUAUGAUCGGAAACGGAGAUCUUUACCUGGAAAAUCAAUUGAACGUCAUCCUAAGUUAAUUUUGAAGAUUGGUUUCUUAAUGGAUUUCGUACUUUCUGUCAGGGAUCUUGAAAAACAUUAUAAAAGUUUAAGGUCCCAGCUGAUUUAUGUUGAUGAUCCUAAUUUUUUUGAGUUCCCAAAUGAUAUCAAGCUUUAUAAAGGAGAUACUCUAGUCAUAGAAGGUGAAAAUUUAAAUUAUGCUAGUGAUGAAAGUGAUGUUAAUGUUACUAUAGGCAUUGUGCCUUGCAAUGUGACAUCAUUAGCUAUGACUCAACUUGUUUGCUCCCCUCCACAAAAACAGCCAGCCCCCACUGAUGAAAAUGGCAUCCCUACAUUGAAAGGACUUCCUUCAGUUGUUGUUCGGGUAGGAAGAAGCUUAAGGUUCCAGAUUGGCUAUUUGCAAUAUGACAUGCUUUACUCUUAUUCUUUUCCUCCUGAAGCAAUAGUUGGAAUCGCAGCUGGAGUGGCAUGUUUAGUGUUUCUUUUUGUUAUAGUGCUAAUAGUUUAUAGACGUAAAUCCACUCAAGCAGAACGUGAAUAUAAAAGAAUUCAGAUUCAAAUGGAUACUUUAGAGAGUAAUGUUCGCUCAGAAUGCAAGCAAGCUUUUGCAGAACUUCAAACUGAUAUGACAGAUUUAACUGCUGAUUUAGAAUCUUCUGGGAUUCCAACAUUAGAUCAUAAUGAAUACAUCAUGAAAGUAUUCUUUCCUGGAGUUCGUGAUCAUCCAAUUUUACACAAUUCUAAGAAUCGAAUUACUGGACCCACAACAAAUUAUGAUGCUGCCAUGAUACAGUUUGAACAGUUAAUUAAUAACAAAUAUUUUAUUAUUUCUUUCAUUGAAACGCUUGAAGAUCAGGAGUCUUUCAGUAUUCGAGAUAAAGUUAAUGUUGCUUCACUUAUAAUGGUUGUUUUGAUGGGAAAAAUGGAAUAUGCUACAGAUAUACUAAGGCAUUUGUUAUUGAGGUUAAUUCAAAAGUCUGUUGCCACAAAACAUCCUCAACUCAUGUUGAGGCGUACUGAAUCAGUUGUUGAAAAAAUGUUAACUAAUUGGAUGGCACUUUGUAUGUACAAAUAUUUGAAGGAGUAUGCUGGUUCUUCCUUGUUUCUUCUGUAUAAAGCAAUUAAACAUCAAAUUCAGAAAGGUCCAGUUGAUGCUGUUACUCAUGAUGCUAGAUAUUCUCUUUCUGAAGAAAGACUUCUCCGUGAACAAAUUCAGCAUGGUGUUGUGACAUUACAAAUUGUACAAGAUGAUGUAGAUGAAAAAAUUCAAUGUAAAGUUCUUGAUUGUGAUACUAUUAGUCAGGUGAAAUGUAAAAUUUUGGAUGCAUUAUAUAAAAAUACACCAUUUUCUUUAAGGCCGUCAAUUCAUGAAGUUGACUUAGAGUGGCGUCAUGGCCGAGGUGGUCAUUUAACCUUACAAGAUGAAGACUUGACUACUAAGAGUAUAUGUGGUUGGAAAAAACUUAACACUUUGCAACAUUAUGGUGUGAAGGAAAGUGCAGUUAUGUCCUUAAUUCCUCAUCAAAAUGAUUCUUACAAUAGUUGUAAACAACCUUGUCAAAAUUGUACAGCGACUUACUUAGAUGGUGGUAUCCCUACAAUUACUGGUUCCAAUGGUGAUGUUGAAACUGUUCCAAACCUCCAUGUCUAUCAUCUAGUCAAACCUUUGGAAGAUCACACUUAUCUCACCAAUAAAACAUCAGAACGUACCCAUAAAGCCAUUCCUGAAAUUUUUCUCACUAGACUUUUAUCUACAAAAGGAACCAUACAAAAGUUUGUUGAUGAUUUCUUUAGUACAAUUUUAACUGCUAAUGAAGGACUUCCUCCUUCUGUUAAGUGGCUAUUUGAUCUUUUUGAUGAAGCUGCUAAGCGUUAUAACAUUUUGGACAAUGAAGUAGUUCAUGCUUGGAAAUCAAAUAGCCUUCCUUUGAGGUUCUGGGUAAAUUUCAUCAAAAAUCCUGAUUUCAUUUUUGAUAUAAAUAAAACAGCAACAGUUGAUUCUUGUUUAUCUGUGAUUGCUCAGACAUUUAUGGAUUCUUGUUCAACUACUGACCAUCGCCUUGGAAAAGAUUCUCCUUCAAACAAAUUACUUUUUGCAAAGGAUAUUCCACAAUAUAGAGACAUGGUAGCAAAAUUUUAUUAUGACAUUUCAAUUGCUCCACAAAUUACAGAUCAGGAAUUGAGCACUGCCAUGCAACAGUUGUCUGCCGUACAAGCGAAUUAUUUCCAUUCGAUAUCAGCAUUGAAAGAACUUUAUAUUUAUGUAACAAAGUAUCAUGAUCAGAUCUAUGAUGCUUUAGAAAUGGAUCCUAAUUGUAAGAAGCUGAAUCUCAGUCGUAAACUAGAAACUGUAGCUUGUAUCCUUGAAGGUGAUCAACACUUGUGCUGACAUAAACAGUCACCUGAUGCAUUUAAUAGAUCAGGUGACUAAACUAAGACGUUUUUUGUAUAGAUCUGGAUUAUUGAUGUAUAAUAUUAAGUAGUUAUCUGACUUAUUUAGUUAAUCAGGUGGCUAAAUAAAUUGGUAUGUUUAUAUGUAGAUCUGAGUCAUUGAUAUUGAUGUAUUAUAUUUUAGUUACUUAAGUUUUAUUGCUAACGUUCAUCCGAAUCAUUUCAAAUGUCAGUUCUUUAUUUUUAUUUCCACUUUGAACUUACAGAUAUAUUUUUUUUAUUUUUAUAAAUUGUAAAUGCUUGCGAUGUACUUUUUUACAUAAUAUGUGAUGCUUUAUGUACUUGUUUCUAUUUUGAUUGUUUGCAUAGAUGGUUGCCUUAAAUAUUGCCUAUUGAAUGUAUUUUUCGAGAUUCCCAUGACUUAUUAAGGUAGUGAAAAGUAUUGUUGGUGUUAAAGAUGGGUUUUUUAAUAUGGCGUAGUAUAAAUGACCUGUCAUUUUAAUUUAAAUAGAUGGCUGCCUUAAACUAUGCCUUUUGACUUCAUUGUUCAACAUUUUGAUAAUACUUUUUAAUGUCUAAGAGGCUCUUGGUGGUGCUCUAAAUGUGUUUGUUGACGAGAAAUAGAUGCUGUAUAAUUUUAAUUACUAUUAAUUGAGAGUAUUUAUAAUUAGCAUUAAUUAUUUUAUAAUUAUAUUAUAAAAUAAGUAAGUGUGAUUGGAAAAGAAAUCAUUUGUAAAAUAUUAAGUUUAAGGAUAAUAUGGAAAAUAUAAAUAAAGGUAAAUAUAAGAAGUAUAAUAAAUUGGAGGAUAAAUGUAUUUAUUGUGCUAUAGAUUUAUAAUUAGAAACAAUUUUUCUAUUUUUUUUAAAUUUUGAAGCUUUGUUACUGUAAAUGUUAAUAUUUAUGGUAUUUUCUACCACAUUGUAAAUAUGUAAGAAGGUUAAUAAGAUGGUGGUUGUAACAAAAUAAAUUUUUUUAUUAUUUACUUAGUUUA